AUGGAAGUGUUUAGGUCUGAAACAUACUAUAUAUUUGUUAGAAAUGAAUCUAGCCUGUGGUGGAAUCGGGUCAACGGUACAUUUUCCGUUCGUUCUGCAUGGGACUUGUCCGAUAUAGAAGAUAUAGAAUGCUUAGGCAUCACAGAGGGUAUAAUAGGUAAAGUGGAACAUUCAAAUGUGUAUGAACCACGUCUUAUGUUAAUAAAAGAAUGUGUUCCUGUUGGCCAAAUUUACUUCCAUCAUACAAUAUAUAAAAUCAAAUCAAUAUGUUUUCUUAAUUUGGGCACCACAAAUCAAGAGACAGAACUUUGCCCUUGCACUAAACAUGGUUCAUCAUCCUCGGUCAGUUCCAAUAGAUCAAGUAAUAGGAAAAUGGGUGCUAGAUUAUUUGAAAACUCAGCGUUUUUAAACAAAACUGUUGGCGCUGUAAAAAAUGUUAGUAAUACUAUUAAGACGACAACGCAGCAAGCUGCAACACAAGUAAAACAAACAGUAAAAAAACAAAGAGACAUAAAACUAGAUGAUAAAUUUGAGAAACGCCUAACAGACGAACUACACAAAAUAUUUGAUGACUCUGAUAGUUUCUACUAUUGCCGGACAUUGGAUUUGACUAACACUUUACAGAGGCAGUACGAAAUUGAGAAAAUCUUAGAAACCGAAGAAAAUAUGUGCAAACCUGUGACCGAUCUAACACGAUGGUGGAAAUAUGUUGAUGAUAGAUUUUUUUGGAAUAAGUACAUGUUAAAAGAUAUAAUUGCUCUGGAGAGUCCCAGCUGCGAUGAAUGGGUGUUACCAAUAAUACAAGGUUACAUUCACCUGUCUCAAAUUGCCUGUGAACCUCCAGACGUUAAUCCUUUGAAUACGGAGUUGUCCACGUCCAAUACAUCCGAUGAAACAUUUACUCUUGGGUUAAUAUCAAGAAGGUCUCGAUAUCAAGCCGGAACAAGAUACAACCGCCGAGGAAUUGAACCCAGUGGCAAGGUCGCCAACUAUGUGGAGACUGAGCAAAUCGUAUCUCUCGUUUGUUCUGACAGCAUUCAUAGAGCGGCCUUUGUACAGGUACGUGGGUCGGUGCCCAUAUUUUGGAGUCAACCAGACUAUAAGUUUAGACCGCCUCCACGGCUCGAUAGAACUGAAGAAGAAUCCCAUACGGCAUUCAAAAAACACUUUGAAGAUGAACUAAAUAUAUAUAAACAAGUCUGUAUAGUGAAUCUGGUAGAACAACAAGGCAGAGAGAAAAUUAUAUGGGAGGCGUAUGGUAACCAUGUGCUCAAAUACAACAGCCCGGAUAUAAUUUACGCGACAUUUGAUUUUCAUGAGUAUUGUCGCGGCAUGCAUUAUGAAAACGUCAGUAUUCUUAUUAACGCGAUCGCUGACGUCAUAGAUGAGAUGAGAUUCUGUUGGCGCGACGACCGUGGACUUAUCUGUGGACAAAAUGGCGUCUUUCGCGUUAACUGCAUAGACUGUCUUGAUAGAACUAAUGUUGUGCAGACGGCAAUAGCUAAAUUGGUUUUGGAACUACAACUACGGCGACUGGGUCUCGGAAGCGGUGGUCUGCCGCCGGCCUUAAGACAGGCAUUUCUUGCGAUGUGGGCCGAUAGCGGAGAUGUCAUUUCAAGGCAAUAUGCCGGCACUAAAGCUUUGAAAGGCGAUUACACACGAACGGGUGAAAGGAAACUAACAGGAAUGAUGAAAGACGGCGUGGCUUCGGCUAAUAGAUACUACUUGUCGACAUUCAAAGACGCGCUUCGUCAGGUCGCCAUUGACGUGAUGACAGGGGAAUCGCGAUCUAUUCCUGAACAAUUAAUCGUUCCCAAAUGUCCUGAAUCUGGUAUCAAAAUGGACGUGUUUAAUAUAGAACAGUCAGGUCCUAGCACUGAAGCUAUGGCGCAACACGUCAAAUCUCUGAUUGACGACUGCAAGAAGUUGCUUGUUGAUACUGAACCGGUGCUGGGCUCAUGGGGACUUAUUGAUGCAGAUCCACAUACGGGUGAUCCACAUGAAACUGAAAUGGAUAGCGUUCUCGUGUUAACGAGCGAAGCAUAUUACGUUACGGAUUAUGACGAAACUUCGGAUCGAUUGCUUUCAGUGCAAAGGGUGGCGCUCUACGACAUUACAUCCGUUGAGCUUGGAACUUUGGACACUAAUUCUACAAUAUUCAGCGUUGGCCGAAAAAGCAGUACGGAUCCGGUCCAUUGUAUUCGAAUCAAUUAUUUGUACAACACAGAGGCCGGGUACUUCCAUAUGUUUCGCUCGACCACGUUGCGUUUCUUCAACAAUAUGGCCGUCGUUAUCAACACUAAGGAUGAGAUGAUUGAAUCACUACAUUCCAUUUGUGAGUCGAUUAUGGUGGCUCGUGAUAUCGCAAAAUUACCACCGAUAACAUUUCACGACGGAAUCAAACUGGAGAGGCGAAAAUCCAAGGUACAUCCAACACAAGCAUCAGGGGGCGGUGCUAAAUCAUCGCUCUAUCUGGACCUCUCCAGAUUACCCACUCUGACUAGAAACGUCAGUGAAACACAGCUAGUUGCUGAUAUACGAAGUGUUGGUUCCAAAGCCCUCACAAACAUGACAGAGCAGUUCAGUAAACUUAACAAACUAAGCCAUUCGUUGAACGCCAGAGCUCGUCCUAGCCUCCAACUAAAAUUCGACCAGAGCGCCGCGCGAACUCGCAAAAUGUUCACCCUAGGACAAAACAAAACAGACAAGAAGAAGGGAAGUCUUUCAGACGGCAUGAGUUCCGAUUACUCAAGCGACGACGAAAACAGAACUAACAUCUUCGAACCGACGCUAGACAACUAUGAGAAUAUGCAACAUUACAUCGGGGAUCAACAGAAGAAAGACGAGAACGACUGCGAUUUAAUAGAAAACCCACUGUACUCCUCGAAAAUCGAACCCAGCGACGAUGUCCAAGCGGCCACCAGCCCGCCUGAGAAACCGGCGCUAAAGACUCCACAGAUAACCAAACAGAACCCGUUCGACUUAGAAUCGGCCCCCGAGAUACAUAUAGAUACAGAUUAUAAACCGGUACCGCCGAAUUCGUUAGUGCUAUCGCAAAAGUUAUCGCAGAGCUCCAGUCAUAUCUUCGAUGACUCGACUCCGGAGGGGGUCAAUUAUCAUGUGAGGUCCAAUUCUCAGCACGAGAUAACGUUGAAUAUAGCGACAUCUCACAGCGAGAGUGCGUUACGACAGUUGCGGAAUAUCGCUAGUCCGGCGUCGAGCGCGCGAGAUAUGGUUCUAUCGCCCUUGUCCAAGUUGGCCAAAGGUGUGCAGAGUCUAGGAGCUAAUUUGGACCCGAGAAAGAUUAAGGGGUCAGCCACAGUUAAGCACAUAAGUGAAGCGCAGUAUGAAGAACAUAAGAAGUUGCAAGAAAAGUGGCACGGCUGCAACACCCGCCUCGUCGCACUUUAA